GCUUUUGGUGGAGAUUAAAACUGCUUUGUGGAUGGCGAAGGGAUUUGCAGGACGAGAAUGAUUUGAGGAGUAGAAGCGUCCCUCUGAGGCUGCAAGCUGCGGGUCUGCUCUAGUUUGACACCAGGGAUUUGAGCGGCUGGCGUUCUGCAGAGGCGAGCGGGGUCAGAGCGUGCGUGCCCUGGGACCAAAGCCGGUGUGAGCCAGCCUUGCUGCUGGGAGAAGCCGUCCUGGCUGCUUCAUCCCGCUGCAGUGCUUGCUCUGCGAUCCAGGGCAGGGGCCCGGUCCGGGUUAAAGCUGGUCUCGGCCGGGUUAGUUCACGACCCGAUAACGUUCAGGCUCGCCUCUGUGCCCACACCAACGAAGCGACAGUGGCGGAGGGCUGGCUUUGGCCACCUUUACACCCAUCGUGGUGACAGAGUCUCGCUUCAGCUGGAGGCUUGUCUGAGGUGUUGGGAGCAAAACGAGCUCAGCUACAAAACUCCUGGCUGAGCCUGUUUGCUGCUCAGCUCGGAGCCCUGACCAGCGAUGCCACUUCUGGAGUUUUAAGCGUUAAUUCGCUCAGAGCUUAUGCUGUGAAGAUGGCAUGGCAGCCCCGAAACUCUGCUGCCAGUAAGGCUAAUUGGUUUUAAAGUGACUCCCUAAUAGCUGGCUGAUCUGAGAGGAGAGGUAAAAUGGGAGUGCUGCAAAGGAGGAAUUCGGAGACCAUCACAAGCCUUCUGGACAAGGCUGAUUUUUGCAUCUUGCUGCGAAGAAUGUAUGGGGUGAAGGCAAGUUUUGGAAGUGGCCUGUGAGAGCUGGGGCUUGAGCACUCACCUGCACUUUGGGGGAGAGGGGCCUGUCAGGUGAAGGAGCUGGUUCUUGAUAACUGCCGUUCGGACGAUGGGAAGAUCGUUGGUCUCUCUUCAGAUUUUGAGAACCUGGAGUUCCUCAGCAUGAUCAACAUCAACUUGCUGUCCGUCUCCAAUCUCCCCAAACUCAACAAACUCCGGAAGCUGGAGCUGAGUGAUAACAGGAUUUCUGGUGGCCUUGAAGUUCUAGCAGAGAGAACUCCUAACCUGACACACUUGAAUCUAAGCGGCAACAAGAUCAAAGACAUCAAUACCCUGGAGCCCUUGAAAAAGUUGCCAAACCUCCAUAGUCUGGACCUCUUCAACUGUGAGGUGACAAUGCUUAUCAACUACCGGGAGAGCGUGUUCACCCUUCUGCCCCAGCUCACCUACCUAGACGGAUUUGAUGCUGAUGACCAGGAAGCCCCUGACUCAGACCCUGAAGCAGAUGGGGAUGGACUGGAAGAUGAGUAUGAGAAUGGGGAAGAAGGUGAGGAAGAGGAUGAUGAUGAUGAGGAAGAUGAUUUGGAUGAAGAAGUCAUUGAUGAUGAAGAAGAUGAAGAUGAUGAUCUGGAAGGUGAAGAGGAGGAGGAUGGAGUAGAUGAUGAGGAGGAAGAUGAGGAGGAAGAUGGUGAGGAUGAUGAAGAAGAUGAAGCUGAUGAUGACCUUCCGCGAGGGGAAAAGAGAAAACGAAAUCUAGAGGAUGAAGGAGAGGAAGAUCCAGAAGACGAAGAGGACGAUGAGGAUGACUGAUCCGAGCGAGCCAAUCAGUUUUACAGACUAUGACUGUGCUUGUCUUAACCUCCCCGUUGUGUCUAUGUGAGACUGUAAAUCCCCGUCUCCCACUCCUCCCCCCUUUGUAUGGCUGCAGCGUCCACAAUAUAUUUUUUUAAGAUGUAGAAUACUGUAGGCAUUCAGGGGAAUCUUCCAUACAAGGCUUACUUUCUCACAAGUAUCUCAUGACCAAAGGCUUUCUCCGUUCUGUGGUUUGUGCAGCAGUUUGCAAAAAAAAAAAAAAAAAAAAAAAAAAAAAAAAAAAAAAAAAAAAAAAAAAAAUUCCUCCUAGGGUAUCUUUCGUGUCUGAAAUCAGCCUUGCCACACUGGACCCAGAGCUCCAGCUCGCCACCCUGCCUGACAGCAAAGAAGGCGUGUUUGCUAUCCGCAUGCCCUCAGACCAGCUUUCUGAAGACACUUGAGCCAUCUUGAGCAGUGGGUGCAAAUCUGGUUCAUCUAAAUGGACUCAAAGCGAACGAUCACUGAGGUCUCUCUGAUCAGAAAUAAUGGUGAUGUGAUCUCUGGAGAUGCUUGAAGAUACUUUAGUGCUGGGGAUGUGGGGUGCUUGGGGUCUUGGGGAGAGGGGGGGGUUGGCUGCUUGCAAGACCUGGUACCUCUGACGAUGCACCUUGCAGUAGCCCUGCACUUGCUUUCCUAUUUUUUUAAAAACUGGAAUAUUUUUCCUGGUGGCCACCUAGUAACUUCCACUUGGAUGUCCAAGUAAGUCUGAUUGUUGCGGCUGUGGGUGUCUUUGCUGUGAUGAGGCUUCUUGUCACCCCGUAGCAGCCUCUCCCUUUAGGAAGAGAUAGGAAAUAGCAGGUUAAGGGAUACUGCACUUCUGUCAAACUCCAUUUCGCACUGUACAGAACACGUUCAACCAGUAUCACUGUGAUGCACCUAACUCGGCGUUCCCCGGGAGACCGUGUUAGCCUAUAUAUUCUCAGGGUCCUUCUGCUAGCCAGUACCAGCUCUGGACAGUUGCCUCAGCGCUAGCCUGGUGUCCGCAUCCUCCUCCUCUUUCCUUUUCAGCAUGAAGAAAUGUGCAUUGAUCAGAAAUCCAGCUCUCUCCCACUCGUGUUUAUGCUCUGCGGGAGCACAGAUGGUGCCGCAGAGCAUGUGUCCCCCCACCCUGCGGUGGCUGGAAGGAGGAAGGGGUGGAUUCAGCCAGGUGUAGCUCUCCGCCGGAGGCUUUCUGACCCCUUGCCCACCCUUCCUCUGCCCGGAGGUGUUCAGCCGGCACUCCGUUAGCUUCUGGGGAGCACUGGCCCAGUGGCAUCCAAGGGAUGGUAACUGCUCGGUGCUGGGUGCCGGAGAGCCGUGCUGGGGCGGGAGUAACUGCUGUUCCUCCUGCUGUUGAGGCUCUCCACGGGUGCAGACGCACUGGCACUUUGUGGCGUUCCCGGUGGUUGCUCUGGGCAAUCUGUCGGCACCCGGCGCUCGGAGGCGAGACUCGCAGCGGUUCCUUCAGAGGAGGGGUGUGUGUUGCAGCACAUCCGAGUUUCUCUUGCUUUGUUCUGUCCUUGCUGUUGUCUCUUGCAUUGUACAGUAGCUGUAACCAUUCGGAGAAGAACUAGUCCUGUAAAAUGCAAACUGAGUAACUUAUAAAUGUUAAAGGAAUUUUUAAAAGAAAUUUCAGAGCAGCAGUUACUUCUAAUUUUUCCCUGCAUUUUUAGCAGAUCGUAUGGAUUUUAUAUUAGCCUAGUAACUGUCAGGUUUUGAUUGGUCAGACUAGUCCCAGAAAUAAGGAUCUCCAGCCCUUUUGUAUCUUUUGUUACAAAAUUUGGAUAAAACUUUUAAUAAAGACUUCAGUUUUUAAAAA